UGUGAACAUUACAUCACAGAUAAUAUAUAGCAGCAUUAUAGUUAUAAUACCUUAACCCGGUCCAAAGAAUACAAAUGAAAAAAAAAUUACUGUAAACAAAAAAUAAACAUUGAUAAUUUGAAUCGCAAAGUAUAAUUUAAAUUAAAAAAAACCAUUUGUAAAUCAAAAUUGAUAAAUUAAAUAUGUCUAAGGUAACAAAUGUAAACUCUAGUUUAGCUUAUGAAAUACUGUUAUACUUAAAUAGUUUUUAUUUGGGUAUGUUUUUUGUAUGUGAAGUAGCUAUGGGAAUUUUAAAAGCUAUUAACGUAUCGUAUCCAGAAAAUGCAUUAUUGACCGAAGCAGGUAUAUUUUGUGCCUUGUGUCUUGUCGAAGUAAUCCGUAUUUUUCUAGGCCGAAGGGGGAACUUGGCUAGCAAAAGAAUUCCAGUUUUCUUAUCAGUAUUAUUAACAGUGCCAUGCGCUGUUGGUGUAUGCUACUUUCUUAUAUACCAGACAUACAUUCUACGGCUGGAAUACAUAUGGUGUGCAGUGAUGCUAAUAUUCCAUGCUCUGGAGCUUGCUUUUGCCAUACUUUUCAUCUUUACUGUUUGUAAAAAUCAGCAAUAUGAAUAGAAUAAGUGUAAAAGUACCUCACUGCCAAAGAGAUACGGAAUGCCAAAUAUAUGAACUAAGUGAUACAUUCCAAUGUUUGUAACAAGUAGACUUUUGCCAGUAUUAUAUUUAAAUUCAAACUAAUUGCCAGUAUUAUUGUGUUGUCAUUUUCAUAUACAUAGAAUUAAGCUUUUAUUAACUACAUAAUUAAAAUUACAGGUUAGUAUAUUAUUCUGAACAUUUAUCUUACAUUUGACAUAAUUAUUGUAAAUAUUUUUUUUAUUAAAUAACUGCUUAUGAUCUCAGAACAAGAUUCUUGUUUGUAUGUGGUUGUACCUUUAGUAGGUAUUUAGAUAUAUUCUAAUAAGUACAAUAUGUAUAUAGUAUUGUAUGUAUAUAAUUAUUAUGUAAUAUGAAUUUGUUUAAAAAUGUCUUAUUU